CCUCCUUCACACUUCUACUUAUUCCCAUCACUGGAUGUCACAAACACAUAAAAACACAGAGAAUUCUUCAUUUUUCAGCUUCUUUGGUUAAGGUUGACAUCAUAGCAAAAAGAUUGAAUCAAGCUCUGCAAAAAGCAAAAGAUUCUUCAGAAGAUGACAGAGGAAGUAAUCUCAAGUGGUUUCAUCCAAACUCCAAUCGGCGAAGCGAAUCCUCCUCCUCUAAAGAAGAAGAGAAACCUUCCAGGAACACCAGAUCCUGAAGCUGAAGUUAUUGCCUUGUCUCCAAAGACUCUGAUGGCCACCAACAGAUUUUUAUGUGAGAUAUGUGGAAAAGGUUUUCAGAGGGAUCAAAACUUGCAACUUCAUCGAAGAGGGCAUAAUUUGCCAUGGAAACUUAAGCAAAGAACUAGUAAGGAAGUUCGAAAGCGAGUUUACGUAUGCCCUGAAAAGUCCUGCGUCCACCACCACCCUUCUAGGGCACUUGGGGACUUAACCGGUAUAAAGAAGCACUUUUGUAGAAAGCAUGGGGAGAAGAAGUGGAAGUGUGAGAAAUGCUCUAAACGGUAUGCUGUGCAGUCAGAUUGGAAAGCCCACUCAAAGACUUGUGGCACUAGGGAAUACAAAUGUGACUGCGGGACUAUUUUUUCAAGGCGAGAUAGCUUUAUCACCCAUAGGGCCUUCUGUGAUGCCUUAGCGGAAGAAACAGCAAGGGUGACUGCAGCAUCCAAUGUUGUAGCAGCCAAUAGCAUCAAUUAUCAUUUUGUGGGAGCAUCACUAGGGCCUGGCAUGGGGCAACAUUUUGCUUCCAUGUUCAAACCGAUCUCAACCAACAACGAGACACCGGCGAAUCCAAUAAGACAAGGUCUUUCACUGUGGAUGGGGGCCCAUGGAUUAUCCCAAACUCAAGAAUCAAUCGGCAAUAACAAUCUUCAAGAAAUCCAUCAUCAGCUUAAUCCAGCUGUGAGUUCAUCAGGGCUAGUUUUCACCACUGAUCCAUUUGUUAGUGUUCCAUGCUCUAAUCCUCCACCAAUAAAUUAUCCACUCAACUGGGAUUUUGGAAAUAAACCCUCCUCCAACAGUUCAGAAGAAUUAACAAAUAAUAGUUCAUCUCUUCCUUUAAGCAAUGUUGCUAAAGAUGGUGGAAGUCAGGUCAUUAGUGUACCAUCUUUGUUCAGUACCCAACAUCAAUCUCAUCAAACACAUUCUACUGCAAACAUGUCUGCCACAGCUUUACUGCAGAAAGCUGCCCAAAUGGGAGCUACCACAACUGACCCUUCAUUCCUUGGAAGCUUUGGAUUGAAGUGCAAUGAUAGCCAAAUUCAAGAUGGGAACAGAUAUUGUAGUCCGUAUGGUGGUACUGCAACUUCAGUAGCUACAGCUCUGCAGAGUUCAGUAACUGAUCAUCUCUCAACUUUAAAUGAGUUGCAAAUGUACCCCUCAAAGCGCCGCCACAUACAGGUUGAUCAAGAUUCAACACCAACUACAGGAGGAGGUCAAACUAGGGAUUUUCUUGGAGUUGGGAUACAGUCCAUUUGCCAUCCAUCAUCCAUCAAUGGAUGGAUAUGAUGAUGAUCCUAAUGAUAUGGGAUUUUCGUAGAAAUUAGUAUCCCAAAAAGGGUUGUGAAAAGAUGGUAAUAAAGUGGGGUCCAAGUUUUCUUGGGGGGAGGGCGGGGGUUGUGAAGGGAAAGGAUUUUAGAAUUUGCAAAGCUUUGCAGAGAGGAAAAGGUGGCAUUGAGUGGUUGAUGAGAACUAAAAGGCGGUGAAAAGAAAAAUAUGUAAAUCCUUAAGGGGAGCUGGCUAGCUAGCCAUGCACAUUCUGUUGGAUCCUCAAAGCUAUUCUCUUUAAAAUGGUGCCUAUUAUUUUGAUAAAAGGGAGUUUGAUUAGUGGGGACAAAGCAAAGAGGGCCUUUUCAGCUCCAUUAUUGCUAUAUGUUUAAAAUCUGUUUCUUCUGGUUAUUAUCUUGUCAAGCUUAAAUUGAAAAGAUAACUAUAGUGGGAAAAAAAGGUCUAAUCAAGUUCUUGUAGGCCUAGCCUA